UCCGUCCAGAGCAACCGGCAACACAAUCGCUGCGUCCAGUGUGGGCAGGGGAGGUGGCGGCCGGGGCAGGCGGGCACACAGGGGGCGUGUGGUUGGUAGUCGGGGGCUCUGCUGGUGGCACGCAGCCUGGACACCUGUGGAGCGCCAUAUCUGGGCGACUCGGGACCUGGUGACUGCAGAAGACUGGGGAAGGAUUGUCACCAUGUGUGUGUGAAGUUCCUCCUCUUUAGGACGCGUGAAGGAGAACAUAAGGCAGCCGUGAUCCCUGACUGUGAGGUUUCCACCUGUGCCUCUAUCAUCUCUUCCACAAUAUGAUUUCUACAGGUCGGCAGGUGGCGAAAGUCAACGUUACCGACUGGAUCCAACUUGGGGGUGGUCCACAAGGCAACCUCGGCCUCCAGCAUCCUCAUCAUCUAGGCAAUGACGAUUUCUGAUAGUGGAGAUCAUAUACUCAUGUCCGGUCAAGAUAUGGAGGUCCAGGUAUCCCGUGUGGCACCAUUUGGAGAAAUGUCACAGUUGAGAAGUGGAUCUGGAAGGAGGAGGUCACACACUCAAGACAACUCUUACUGUGAUCUGUCUAAUGAACCGGUUAUCCAGAGAAGUAAUUCUCUCAGUAGACCACAUUCACGUACCAGGAACUCUGCGGUUUUUACAAGUCAUCCUCAAGACAAGACAUAUAUCUCUUUAAGUGACAGUAACCUCAGCUGCGGGGUGAUACCCAAGGAGCUGCAGUCCAGGCUUCUUGACUUGAAGGACUAUAAAUCCAGAACCCGCGCUAUCGAGGAACUGAAGUAUCUCAUCCAAGGCUGCGACUUCAGUUCAGUCUCCUAUUCCAACAUGGUUGGGUUCAUCAGCUUUUUAUGUACGCUGCUCGAUGACAGCAACUUCACGGUCGUCCUUGUCACGUUAGACGUCCUUAACUGCUUUGUCCUUAACCUUGGUCAAGGUGUGAAGGAGUUCCUCCGACCCAUUGUGUCUUCCACGGUGAAACUCCUGGGAGAUGGUAAGAUAACGGUGAAACAGGAGUAUAUGAAAAUUUACAUGAGGCUCAUGAAGGUGGCCGGACCCUACACGGUGUUGACUGUGCUGCUCGAAAACCUGAAACACAAAAACUCCAGGGUGAGGGAGGAGGUGGUGAACAUCUGCAUCGUGUCCCUGUUGACCUAUCCAAGCGAGGACUUCAACUUACCGUUUUUGGCUUGCGAGAUCGCGCCGUGUUUAAUCGACAGCAAGAGGAGAGUUCGCCAUGCCACCUUGGAAGCCUUCGCCGUCUUGGCGGCCUCUAUGGGCACCGGAAAAAGCAGCCUGUUCAAAGCGGUCGAUGAAGUCGAGCUCCAAGAAAAUGGCGACGGGCUAAUGAAUGCCGUUAAUGCCAGGUUGGCACGCAAAACUCUUCCCAGGAUCACCCCCCAAGGUUUGGUAGAGUAUGCCCUGCCCUUCCCAUCAUCCGCACAGACCAGAGGGACCCAUCAUCUGCCCGGAGCAGACACUGACUGGCUCUUAACUGGGAAUCGGGUACAGAGCGGACAUUACCAAGCGGCAGAUCAUGGUGGGAGAGGAGGGGUCCCUCACAUUGAUCCUGUCGCUCGCAGAAUGCUGAGCGCUGGGAAAGGAAAAAAUAAGUUCCCCUGGGAAAGUCAAGACCCAGGAGUGUUGGAUGUGUUUCCUGGAACGCCGACCUCUGAACAGACGCCCUUCACGUUUGAUCUUCAUCACACGCCCAUUGUAAAGACCCCAACUGCUAAGACUAGAAAUUCUCUGCACCAGGCACCUCCCGAGUACGGCGUCCAGCCCGAGACCCUGCCGGCGUUCUCUGGUAAGGAAGAGGCUCCCAUUCCACUGAAGGCUUCCAUGGUCAGACUCCCAUCAGGUCGAAAAGACCUCAAUAAUGCCAAGCCUGUCCCCCCAAUCACUAAAGGGGUGAAAUCUUUGCCAGAAAUCCGUUCAGUGUCUGGCAGCUAUGUCUGGAGUGAUGCCAAACCCCUCGACAAGGCCUGUGAAGAGGAGAGUCUUGUGCUUGACCUCUUGGAUCUAAGCUUAAGAGAUGAAGACGAUCUUGAAGAGAUGGAAAGUUCUCUUAGAAAUGUGCGGAACAGCGCAGCUAGGAAGAGAGCCAAGAUGAGCGGCAGCCUGUCUGACCUGGAGAGCCCAGACUCUAUGAAGAUAGACCUGAAUAUGGAUUCUCCGUCUUCUACGUCUUCCCCAAUUAGCUGUUGUUAUAGUGAGAGUGGGGUCUAUAGCCGGGAGUCCCAGCAUUCACCUCUGUCACCCACCCCACAGCUGAAGAAAAUGUCCGAUGUGACUCUGGUUUCAAAAUUACGGCCGUCAAGAGUCCUUUCUGCACGAAACAAGGAUGCUGUGAAAAAGCCGGACAGUCUUCCCCUAGGAACCUCUGUCAAUGAUAAACCGGUGACUGUGAUUGGACAGCGGAUGAAUUACAGGAACGGGACUGCAGAUGUUGAUGAGAAUCUCUCCAAGGAGAUUGCCCUCGCUUUUACAAGGCAUCCGCCUAAAGAUCUGCAAAGAGCUGCAAAACCUAUAAAGGGGAUCACCACAUCAGCCUCUAAUUUCCAGCAACAUAACAAUGACCACGACCUGACCGGCCUCUCGUCGGAGGAUUCUGUGGCAGUCAUUGGCAAAGGGGUCUUUGAAACUCUGCCUCCCACCCUUCAGUCUCACAGCCUGUCAUCUUUCUCCGCACAAGACGAUUACAGUCCAGUAAAGCAGAGUUUUCAGCCGCCCACAGGAGUCUACGGCCGAGCGGUCCAGCAGAACACGUCUACCUUGGACAACGAUGUUAAAGUCGCCAUAGCCAAAUCCGCCCGAGACAAGAUGAGGCAGAAGCGAGAGCAUAGCCUGAAAGAGCUGAUGGACGUCAAGGAUCCAGUGAGGAGGGAGAGGCUGUCCCACACUGACCCGGGCCCGGUGGCCAGAGAAUCCUGGAGGUCUCGGCCGGACUGUCUGGAGAACGUAGACUCAAGGCCCCCAGCCUUAAAAAGAACUUCCAGCUUGAAGAAAUCCUUAGCACAACGGAGUCCUUACAGAGAUCGAUCUUCUGUCAGUUGUAGCUCGGAUAUCGACCCGUCGGUGCCCAGGGAACUGACCAGACCAGACCUGUCCAUCACUGAAGUGUUUAAAUUGCUGUCUGAUGAUGACUGGGAGAAGAAGAUCGAAGGCCUCAACUUGGUUCGAUCACUUUGCCUCUUCCAUUCAGAUGUUGUCCUGGAAAAACUUCAUGAACUUAAGAUUGCGGUGACGCAAGAGGUGAAAAACUUGCGCUCCUCGGUUUCCCGGGCAGCAAUCGGCUGUUUAGGAGACAUGUUCGCACAUCUUAAGAAGAACAUGGACCACGAGCUGGACAAUUGUGUCCGCGUCCUUCUGCACAAGGCCGGAGAAACAAACACCUUCAUCCGAGAGGAUGUGGACAAGGCCCUCGAUGCCAUGGCCCAGAACGUGACGCCGGCGAGAGCUCUCGCUGCCCUCAUAAAUGGAGGACUCGGCCACUUGAACACUGCGGUCAAAAAAUGUGCAGCACAACAUAUGUCUGAUCUGGUGGAGAGAAUGGGGCCGGGCUGGAUCCUGUCUGGCAUAAAGGACAUCACAGAUCGGGCAGUGCCUGCUAUUGCCAAGUUUGCUCAGGAUGGCUCCCAGGAGACCAGGUUCUUUGGCCGAAAGAUGUUGCACUAUCUAAGGUCUCAUCCAGAAUUUGACAAGAUGCUGGAAAAAUAUAUCCCGACCAAGGACUUGCCUUACAUAAGAGACGUAGUUAAGCAAAUUCAAGUCAAGGGGGUUGGGGAGAUCCACGAGACUUCAUCAGCUCGAGGAAGAAGAUCCUACCACGGCAGUGUCGGCAGCCUGAGAGCUUCAUCUGUCUCACAGAACACGCACAAUACCCUGGACAGCGUGUUGCACAGAGACCAGAGAUCGUAAUGAAUGGACCAUUACUGAAUUGCACAGUCUGAGGGGGACAUCGCCACUCCAGGGCUACAGAUGCGUCCCCGCAAGUCCCGCGCAUUAAAGACACUAAUAUUCGGAACCUUUAUAAUGACACUAGCCAGAAGAGUAUUAAACCCCUUUGUGAAGUGACCUGUUACUACUUGAUAUCGUGAGUCUUCGUCAGGUAUGGCUGCAUCUCUCAUACAGGAGCCACUUGGCUGGGGCAGCUUUUUUCUCCUCUUUGAUCAUGGUUUAUUAGAGACGGGAAAGAGAAUAUCCUUCUCAUACCACAUCCACCUACAUUGUGCCUUGGAAAUGUGAGAAGUAUCUUUCCAGUUCUUUGCACUCGGUGACUGUGUCAAAUCUAGAGCUGUCUUUCAAGACUUAAAGGGGUCCUCCGGACUUUUGAUAUUGAUGAC